GGGACCGCGAUGCCUCUGCUUUUGGCCGCGCUGCUGUCCUUGCUCCUGGCUGCGCUCUGCGCCCUCUUCCUGUGCCGGUGGCUUCUGGUCCGCUUGGCCACCAAGUGGUGUCAUCGGAGGCUCCAAGCCGAGCUUAAGAUCGGCUCCUUUGGCUUUUUCUGGAUCCAAAAUGUUAGUCUGAAGUUUGAGCAGCACCAGCAAACAGUGGAAAUUGAUAGUGUGUGGAUUUCCAGCAAACUCCUGAGCCAUGAGCUGCCGCACUAUGUGGCACUAUGUUUCGGGGAGGUGCGGAUCAGAACCGAUCUACAGAAGAUGUCUGGCCUACCUACCUCUUUCUCCAAGACCACUGGGGUGGAUCACAGGGAGAUGCCUCUCAGCCCCUCCUUGCUGAGGAUUGCUUGCCAGCUUUUCUCAAUCCAUGUGGAUUCCAUCAACAUUAUGGUUCUCAAGGUAGCUACCUCUGAGUCCCUGUGGCACAUUCAGAUCAGCAGGAGCCGAUUCCUUCUGGAUAGUGACGGGAAGAGAAUCGACUGUAAGGUGAGCCUAAGCCAAGUGAACAGCAAAGUACUAAAGAGUGGUCAGUCGGAGGACACUUGCCUGGCAGAGCUCUCCCUAGCCAUGGACCUGUGUGUGGAGAUGGGUUUAAGCAGCCUGCAGCUGAAGGCCAUCACCCUAGAUGUGUGGACCCUCCACGCUGAACUGCAUGAAGGUCUCUUCCAUGGCCAGCUGCUGCACCCGAGCCUGGUGCCUACCUUGAGGCCAGAGGUGACAGAGGACUUGACUGAGCCAACUCUUCCUGGCUUGAACCUCCUUCAGCUGCUCCCAGGGAAAGUGAAAGUAGAGAUGGAGAAUACCAGUGUGGUACUGUCCAUGAACAGCCAGAAGAGGCACCUCAACUGGACGCUGAAGCUGCUGCAGUUUAAUUACCAUCGUGAUGAGGACCAGCUGCCGCUUCGAAGUUUCAUAGCCAAUUCAGACAUGGCCCAGAUGAGCACUGAGCUGCUGCUAGAAGAUGGGCUGCUGCUUUCCCAGAGCCGUCAGCGAAUCAUCUGCCUAAAUUCCCUAAAAGCCAGUGUGCAGGUGACCACCAUUGAUCUCUCCGCCUCUCUGGUGCUCAGCACAUGCAUUGUCCACUACCGGCACCAGGAAUUCUCUCACUGGCUGCACAUGUUGGUGCGAGAAAGGCAGGGGCCAAGACGGGCCAUCUCCCACCCCAGGAAAACCAGAAACUUCCCUCAAAUUCUGGCCCCCAUCAUCCUUAGUACUUCUAUCUCCAAUGUCAAUGUUUCCAUUCAGCUUGGAGAUACGCCACCCUUUGCUCUGGGCUUCAAUUCCAUUUCUCUGGAUUACCAGCACCUGAGGCCCCAAAGCAUCCAUCAGCGGGGCGUCCUGGCUGUGGACCACUUGUGCUGGCGUGUGGGAAAUGACUCUCACAUCCAACGGGCGCCCCACCCACCCAACAUGCAUGUCUGGGGUGAGGCCCUUGUCCUCGACUCCUUCACCCUACAGGGCAGCUAUAACCAGCCCCUGGGGCUGAGCAGCACUCAGUCGGACACCCUCUUCCUGGAUUGUACCAUCCGUGGUCUGCAGGUGGAGGCGUCAGAUACCUGUGCUGAAUGUCUCUCCCGAAUCCUGUCCCUGUUGGGUCUUUGGUCCCGGAAGCCAGCCCCACCCAGGGAACUUCCUUUUGGGGAAUCUCCAGUGCCCCUGUGGAAGGUGGACCUGAAGGUGGAGGACAUGAACCUGUUCACCCUUUCUAGCCUGGUGGGAGCCUCGGAGGUCCGACUGGACACCCUGACAGUCCUGGGCAGUGCAGAGAGUUCUACAGUGGGUAUCCAGGGACUCGUGCUGGCCCUGGUGAAGACAGUCACAGAGAAGAUGCAGCCGUGCUGCAAGGCCCCUGACAUCCCCACCCCUGUCCUCAGCCUUUCCAUGCUCUCCAUCACCUACCACAGUAGCAUUCGUUCUCUAGAGGUGCAGUGUGGUGCAGGGCUGAUGGUCCUCUGGAGCCCCCCAGACCACAUGUACCUGUACCAGCAUGUCCUGGCCACGCUCCAGUGCCGAGACCUCCUCCGAGCCCCAGAGGAGCCGGGAAGCCCCGCUGCGCCCAAGGUCAGCCCCUGUGAACCGGCCCCUCCAAAGCGGCUCUUGAACCUGACCUUGGAGGUGAGCACAGCCAAGCUGACUGCCUUUGUGGCUGAGGACAAGUUCAUCACCCUGGUGGCAGAGAGUGUGUCCUUGAGUCGCCACAGCGGCUCCCUCCAGGUCUACUGCCCAGAACUGGCUGCCGGCUUCGACGGCAACAGCAUCUUCAACUUCAAGGAGGUAGAGGUGCAGCUGCUGUCCGAGCUGGAAGAGAUGAUCUUGCACCGCAACCCCUUCCCCUCCCUGGAGACCCUGCGCAACCGGGUCUGGCUCUUCUCCCUGGGCUCGGUGUCGGUGGAGUUUCCUUACCAGUACGACUUCUCCCGAACCCUGGAUGAGGCCGUGGGGGUGCAGAAGUGGCUGAAGGGACUGCACCGGGGGACCCGAGCCGGGGAGACCCCAGAGCCGGCUCCACUUCCGCCCGACUUGCUGAUUAAGGUGCAGCACUUCUCUUGGGUCUUCCUGGAUGACAUCUUUGAGGUGAAGCUGCGAGACAACUACGAGCUGAUGAAGGACGAGAGCAAGGAGAGCGCCAAGCGGCUGCAGCUGCUGGACGCCAAAGUGGCCGCCCUCCGCAAGCAGCAUGGGGAACUGCUCCCCGCCCGCAAGAUCGAGGAGCUCUACGCCUCCCUGGAGCGCAAGAACAUCGAGAUCUACAUCCAGCGCUCACGCCGUCUCUACGGGAACACGCCCAUGCGCCGGGCCCUGCUCACCUGGAGCCUGGCCGGGCUGGAGCUGGUGGCCCUGGCGGACGCCUCCUUCCACGGGCCCGAGCGUGUGCUGAUGCAGAUGCGGGAGCUGGACCCCGGCAGCCCUUUCCCCAGUGAGGGCCUUGAACUUGCCAUUCAGUGGUGUCGUAUGCUCAAAUGCAACGUUAAGUCCUUCCUAGUGCGGAUCCGCGAUUACCCUCGCUACCUGUUUGAGAUUCGUGACUGGAGGCUGCUAGGCCGAUUGGUGGGCACAGAGCAGAUGGGACAGCCCUGCUCCCGACGGCGACAGACCCUGCAUCUGGGUCUCCCUUGGAGUGAUGUGGUUGUGGAAAGGAACAUGCCCCCACUCAAGUUCUACCAUGAUUUUCGUUCUGAGGUCUUCCAGUACACAGUGGUGUGGGGGCCAUGCUGGGACCCCGCCUGGACAUUAAUUGGCCAGUCUGUGGACCUCCUGACAAAGCCCUCAGCCGACCCCAGUGCCCCCUUGCCCUGGUGGGACAAGAGCCGCUUGCUUUUCCAUGGCGACUGGCACAUGGACAUUGAACAAGCCAACCUUCAUCAGCUGGCUACAGAGGAUCCCUAUAAUACAACUGAAAAUAUGCAUUGGGAGUGGAGCCACCUGUUUUUUCACUGGAAACCAGGCCAGUUUGUGUUCAAGGGGGACUUGGACGUCAAUGUGAGGACAGCCUCCAAAUAUGACGACUGCUGCUUCCUGCACUUGCCUGACCUCUGUAUGACCCUGGACCUGCAGUGGUUGUGCCAUGGCAACCCCCAUGACCACCACAGUGUCAUCCUUCGAGCACCAGAGUUCUUGCCUGAGGUGUCCCAGGGCCAGCUCCAUGACUCUUACCGGGCCUUCAGAUCUGAGAACCUCAACCUCUCCAUCAAGAUGGACCUGACCUGGCACAGCGGGACAAUGUCCCAGCCCCGGAUUCUGCUGUAUAGCAGUACUCUUCGAUGGAUGCAGAACUUCUGGGCGACGUGGACCAGCGUGACCCGGCCCAUCUGUCGAGGGAAGCUCUUCAGUAACAUGAAGCCUAGCAAGAAGAAGCUGGGCCAGCAUUACAAGCAGCUUUCCUACACAGCUCUCUUCCCCCAGCUGCAGGUGCAUUACUGGGCCUCAUUUGCUCAGCAACGGGGCAUUCAGGUUGAGUGCAACCAGGGCCAUGUCUUCACUCGGGGAACCCAGCGACUUAUACCUCAAGCGGGCACCGUGAUGCGACGCCUCAUCUCUGAAUGGAGUGUGACGCAGAUGGUGAGCGACCUGAGUCAGGUGACGGUGCAUCUGAUGGCUUCACCUAGUGACGAGAGCUCUGACCACCGCCUUGAUCUGCUAGUCACAAAGACCCACCUUCUGAGCCUGUCCUCCCUCACCUACCAGCGGCAUAGCAACCGCACUGCUGAAGAGGAGCUCUCCUCCCGAGAUGGGGACCCUGCCUUUCAUACCCACCAAUUGCACUUAGUGGACCUGCGGGCUUCCUGGACCACCACCAACAGGGACAUUGCCUUUGGCCUCUACGAUGGCUACAAAAAGGCAGCUGUGCUUAAACGAAACCUUUCCACAGAGGCCCUGAAGGGGUUAAAGAUUGAUCCUCAGCUGCCAGCCAAAAAGCCGAAGCGGGGUAUCCUGCCUAACCCUCCAACCCCGCCUCAGGUCAAUACUCCCAGCCUCAGCAGAGGGCCUGAAAAGAGCUCCUCAGGAGGUGCCCACAUGUUGCAGAAGCUGAUUGAGGAGACAGAUAAAUUUGUGGUGUUCACGGAAGAGGAGUCGGGCGUCAGCGAGCAGCUGUGCGGCAUUGCCGCCUGUCAGACAGACGACAUUUUCAACCGCAACUGCCUCAUUGAACUGGUCAACUGCCAGAUGGUUCUUCGAGGUGCAGAGACAGAGGGCUGUGUCAUUGUAUCUGCGGCCAAAGCCCAGCUACUUCAGUGCCAACACCACCCGGCCUGGUAUGGCGAUACCCUGAAGCAGAAGACAUCCUGGACGUGUCUCCUGGAUGGCAUGCAGUACUUUGCUACCACUGAGAGCAGCCCUACUGAGCGUGAUGACCGGCAACUCUGGCUGGAGGUGAAGAACAUUGAGGAGCAUCGGGAGCGCAGUCUGGACUCCGUGCAGGAGCUGAUGGAAAGCGGGCAGGCUGUGGGCGGCAUGGUCAGCACCACCACAGACUGGAACCAGCCGGCGGAGGCCCAGCAAGCCCAGCAAGUGCAGCGGAUCAUCUCCCGCUGCAGUUGCCGGAUGUAUUACAUCAGCUACAGCCAUGACAUUGACCCUGAGCUGGCCACCCAGAUCAAGCCACCUGAGGUCCAUGAGCAGCAGGAAGAAAAGGAGGACCUGCUGAAGAAACAGGAGGGGGCCGUGGACACCUUCACCCUCAUCCACCAUGAACUGGAGAUCUCUACCAACCCAGCCCAGUAUGCCAUGAUCCUGGACAUUGUCAACAACUUGUUGUUGCACGUGGAGCCUAAGCGGAAGGAGCACAGUGAGAAAAAGCAGCGGGUUCGCUUCCAGCUGGAGAUCUCCAGCAACCCCGAGGAGCAGCGUAGCAGUAUCCUGCACUUACAGGAGGCUGUGCGGCAGCACGUGGCUCAGAUCCGGCAGCUUGAGAAGCAGAUGUACUCCAUCAUGAAGUCUCUGCAGGAUGACAGCAAGAAUGAAAACCUCCUUGACCUGAACCAGAAGCUGAGCCAGGAGAAGGCUGACCUGCAGCUGGAGAGUGAGGAGCUGAAUAUUCUCAUCAGGUGUUUUAAAGACUUCCAGCUCCAACGGGCCAACAAGAUGGAACUUCGAAAGCAGCAGGAGGAUGUGAGUGUGGCCCGCCGCACAGAGUUCUACUUUGCCCAGGCACGAUGGCGCCUCACUGAGGAGGAUGGGCAGCUGGGCAUUGCCGAGCUGGAGCUCCAGCGAUUCCUCUAUAGCAAGGUGAACAAGUCUGAUGACACAGCUGAACAUCUCCUGGAGCUGGGCUGGUUCACGAUGAACAACCUCCUGCCCAACGCGGUCUACAAGGUGGUGCUGCGGCCCCAGAGCUCCUGCCAGUCUGGCCGGCAGCUGGCCCUGCGCCUGUUCAGCAAAGUCCGGCCUCCUGUCGGGGGCAUCUCCGUCAAGGAGCACUUUGAGGUCAAUGUGGUUCCCCUCACCAUCCAGCUGACACACCAGUUCUUCCAUAGAAUGAUGGGCUUUUUCUUUCCUGGUCGUAGCAUGGAGGAUGAGGAAGUUGGCGAUGAGGAGGACAAGUCCAAGCUUGUGACCACGGGGAUGCCAGUGGUGAAGCCACGGCAGCUGAUCACAACAGAUGACACAGUGUCUCUGGGCCCUGGAAAGGGUGUGGCCCAGGGCCUGAACCGUGGUUCUGGGGUCAGGAGGUCAUUCCGCAGAGCACCUGAGCACCCUGUGGAUGACAUUGAUAAAAUGAAAGAACGGGCAGCCAUGAACAACUCCUUCAUCUACAUCAAGAUCCCACAGGUUCCACUUUGUGUCAGCUACAAGGGCGAGAAGAACAGUGUGGAUUGGGGUGACCUUAAACUCGUGCUGCCGUGUCUAGAGUAUCACAACAACACUUGGACGUGGCUGGACUUCGCCAUGGCUGUAAAGAGGGAUAGCCGCAAAGCCCUGGUUGCCCAGGUAAUCAAGGAGAAGCUAAGGUUGAAACCAGCUGCAGGGUCUGAGACCCGAGGAAAGCUUGAAACAAAGUCAGACCUGAACGUGCCGCAGCAGGAGGAAGAUGAGAAAGCCCGGCUCCUCAUUGGGCUGAGCGUGGGUGACAAGAACCCUAGCAAGAAGUCGAUUUUCAGCAGGAGAAAAUGAGCAGGGAAAGCCCCCGUGGGGCAGAACCGGACUCUGGCCCUAGGCUCCAGGGUCCACGUGACUCAGGGCAGGGGCAGGGGGUGGCACUCCCCCUUGCUUCCUGGGGAUUUGUGGGGGCUUUAGGGAAUGAUACCCCUGCUAGGCUGUGAGGAGGGGCCAGUGCUGCUCCCUUUGGAGGGCCUAGUGGCUGAUGCCACUGUGCUGCCAGUUCCUGUGCGAAGCAGGCUCAGGAUCAGAGGCAUCAGGGUCAAAGCCCAGAGCGGGGACGUAGGCCCUGGAUCCUUCCCCUGGGGCCAGAGGAGAAUGGGGAAGGGGUAGCAGAUGCAGAGCAGAAGUGUUACAUUUUUAUAAAUAGACAUUAUAAAUAUUUCUAUGUGUAACCUCUCCCCAUGUACCAGGGGAAGGAUGCUGUGGGGUUUGUGAUCCCCUCUGAGCCCCUUCACCCCCUAUAGCCUUGUACAGAAAGGGGUCUUCGUGUGCUCGAGGGGGGACCACCCUCCCAUCCUACCCACUCUUUGUGCCAAGCUCUGCUGGGAGGAUGACACUGAGUGCCAGAGCUGGCCGUGGGUCCCUUACCCUCUCCCUUUGGGCAAGCCCUGAGUGGUGGUGGUGGUGGUGGUGGUAACAGAAUGGGAUUUAAGGAGAAAGAAAGAAAGAUGAUUUUAAAUUU